AUAAAAUUAUUAUUGUGACAAGUUAAAAAUUUACACACGAGUUAAACGAUCUUUGGAUAAUUAUUUAUUUAAACGCAUUAAUUCUUUAAACGUAUUUAUUGUGCUACUCUAAAAACUAAAGUUUAUUAUAAAUUUCCAACUAACCAAAAUUGACAAGUUGCCGAAUAUUCAGCUGUUGGAUGGUUUACGUCUCACUUUUUAAACUCAUUGAACACUGACCUUGUUUACACCGAACGCAAUUUUAAUACGCGAAUCAAAUUAAUACGCAUCAAGUAUGAAAUCUGCAUGUGUUUACACCGAACAAUAUCAAGUGAAUAAUACGAACCAUUAAGAAUCCAAUAAAAUACGCAUCAAAUAAUAUGGUAUCUUUCUGCUAACAAUUGUUUUAGUUCCAAUAGAAAGAAUAAUUUUAUAUAAAGGUUAAAUUGUAAACAAUGAAUAAUAUACAAGAGGUUACAUCCUUAUUUAUUGCAUUAUUUGCAAUAAAUAGACUUCAACAAGAUUGUCGGAAAAAACAAUUACGACGAUUGUUUUCCCGUAGACGACGUGCAUUGAAGGCAACGCUUAAAAGGUUAUGUUUUCAAGAAAGAACAGAGUUGUUAUUAAGGUGGAAACAAAUUAAUAGUCUAAAACAAAUAGAAUUAAUUGCAGAAGGUAUACGAUAUCGAAGGAUUUGGCAACUUGAGAGAAGUUCAGAUUUUUGGAAAAGGAUUGUGAAUUGUCAUUAUACUGAAAAAGAAUGGAUUGAAAGUUUUCGUAUGUCUAAGGAGAGUUUUAUAGAAUUAUGUGAUAUGCUCAGAGAUGAAUUAGAACCAGAACCACAAUUUUUAAUGCCAAGGGAACCUAUAUCUGUAGAAAAACAAGUAGCUGUGGCCUUAUAUAAAUUAGCAUCUACUGCAGAAUAUAGAGUUAUUGGCAAUGCAAUGGGAAUACAUAAAUCGUCUGUAAAAAAAUGUUUAUACAGAGUAAUAAAGGCUAUCAAUAAAGUAAUGCUUCAAAAUUAUAUAAAUAUGCCAAAUGAAAAUGAAGCCAAUUUAAUAGCUUCAAAUUUUGAAAACAAAUGUUUUAUUCCACAAAUUAUUGGUAGUAUCGAUGGUACGCACAUAGAAAUUAUUCCACCAAAAGAAGGAUACAGAGAUUUUAUAAAUAGAAAAGGUUGGCCUUCAUAUAAUGUACUUGCAAUUGUUGAUCAUAACGGAAGAUUUAGAAAUAUUGUAAUAAAACAUCCAGGGAGUUGUCACGAUGCAGCUGUGUUAAAAGAAAGUAUGUUAUAUAAGGAUGCUGAUACUCUAAUACCUAAGAAAACUCGUAACAUAAAUGGAAUGGAAAUACCGUUUAUAAUUGUGGGAGAUCCUGCUUACCCACUGUUACCAUGGCUCAUAAAAGGAUUUUCUGGUUCAUUAUCAUCGGAAGAAGAAUCUUUCAAUGUCUAUUUAAAUUCUGCUCGAGUAUCGAUAGAAAUGGCGUUUGGUAGACUGAAAGCUAGAUGGAGAAUUUUACAUAAAAUUAAUUGCGAUUACAGUUUUGCACCAGAAAUUAUUGCAGCUUGUUGUGUAUUACAUAAUUUUUUGAAAAAAACAAGGAUAGGUUUUACAUACAAUGGUUACAAGAAAUUGAACAAUUAGAACUUGUAAUACCACAACCAAGAACUGCAACGAUUACUAGUACAGAUUCUAUAGAUGGUACAAAUAUUCGGAAUCAUCUAAAACAAUAUUUAUCCGACAAUUUUCCAUUAAGAAAAGCCUUGAUACGACCAUAAAAGUAUUUUGCGUUAAAAUAAUUGCAGUUUGUAGUAAUAAUAGUAAUUAAAAUAAAGUUAUUGAUUUAGAAAAUUGAACUGAAAUAAUAUUAUAUCUUUUAUAUGUAUAAUAUAUAUAAUAUUGAUAAAUACAGCAAGAUUAUAUAAUCAAUAAAUGAAUGUAUAUAACUUACUUUACUUUCGUAUAUAAUCUACAACCAAUAAUUCCAGUAUAUUAUAGAACGGAUAAAUUACAGAAUGGUAGUGGUUCUACAUUCAAUUUAUUACUUUAUUAGUUUAAUUUUAUUAAUAUGAUAUAUAACAGUCUUAUAUAUAUAUAUAUAUAUAUAUAUAUAUAUAUAUAUAUAUAUAUAUAUCAGUCUCGCAUUGCAAAUAUUUGUCUUACAUUUAAAUCUUUAAUCACAUUGAGCAUAGAAAUAUGAAAUAAAAUAUAAUCGCAAAAUAAAAAAUAAAAAUUGUAGACUCAUAAUUAAUAUAAAAAAUAAACUGUUUCACUGCCUUACAAAACAUUGCUUUUUAUAACAAAAUAUAUAAUUGCGAAACUAUAAAUAUACUACAGCAUAAUGUAAAGAUCACAUUUAAAACUAAACCAUUAGACAUUGCAAAUAUUUGUCUUACACUUAUAUCUUUAAUCAUAUUGAGCAUAGAAAUAUUAAAUAAAAUAUAAUCACAAAAUAGAAAAUAAAAAUCUUAGACUUAUAAUUAAUAUAAAAAAUAAACUGUUUCACUGCCUUACAAAACAUUGCUUUUUUAUAACAGAAUAUGGAAUUGCAAAACUGUAAAUAAACUACAGUAUAAUGUAAAGAUUACAUUUAAAACUAAAACAUUAGACAUAACACAUUAAACAUUGAGAUCAAAGUAUUAGAAGUAUAUAGUAACAUAAAACUGACUUUUUGGCAAUACGUUAUAUAAUUUAAAACAUAGUUUAAACUAAAACUUUUUGGAUAAAUCUUCUUUUGAAGUAGCUUCUGUUUGCAUCUUUGUAUUUUCUUUUUCUUUUUGGUUUAUUUUAAAAGGUGAAAAACCAACAUUAUUUAUCUGAAAAAAAUAUGUCUUAUAUUUUUGCUAAUAAAACAUUAUUUAGUAAAAACAUUUUAUUUCAGAACUUACAGGAAUUAAUUUUACAGAUGGAUAAUUAUUUUGAGGUAAUAGAGGCAUCUGAGGCUUGAACCUAACAUUUGUAUACUUUGUAAAAAAGUUUGCAUAAUAAAAUUAGUUUGUUCCCGUUGAAAG